AUGGACGGGUUUGGCCUCCCAAUGAGCUUCGGUAAGAAGCCAAAGCGCGGCGGUGGUGCACCAACCGUCAACCAGCAGCGCGUGGCCGAGACGAAGAGGGCAGCGCCUCCUCAACGCGAGACUCUGCGCCCAGCUCGGACUGAGCCGGAACCUGGACCCGCAGCACCAGAAGAUGAUAAAGAUGAUGACGAUGUCGGUCCUCAGCCGCCAAAACGGAAGGCCGAGUCGGACGAGGACAGCGACGACGAGCUCGAACCAGAGGAGGACCGGACACCUGUGACUCACGAGAUUGUGCUCAAGGACCAUACCAAGCUGGUCUCGGCCUUGGCGGUUGACCCACCCGGUGCGCGCCUUGCGACAGGCAGCCACGACUACGACUGCAAGCUGUGGGACUUUGGAGGCAUGGACUCGCGCCUGCGCCCGUUCAAGAGCUUUGAGCCGAACGGGACGUACUUUGUGCACGACCUCUCCUACUCGCCUGACGGCAAGCAUUUGCUCGUCGUGAGCGGAACAUUUUAUCCGAAAGUAUUCGGGCGCGAUGGCGAGGACGCCAAGGAGUUCAUGAAGGGCGACGUUUACAUCCGCGACAUGAAGGUGACAAAAGGCCACAUUGCUGAGAUCAACGCGGGCAAGUGGCACCCCUCGGACAACACAGUGUUUCUGACGUGCGCGAACGACAGCACGUUGCGUCUGUGGGAUGUGCGGGACACGAGCAAGCAGAAGCACGUCGUGGUCGUACGAUCCAAGGCGCGGGGGAAUAAGACGCGCGUCACGAGCUGCUGCUGGAGCCCGGACGGGAAGACGAUCGCAGCUGGAUGUCAUGAUGGUGCAGUGCAUGUUUGGAGCACGAGAUCAAACUAUGCGCGGCCGGAUAAGAGCAAUGAGAAGGCGCACGAGAAGGAGACGGAGAUUACGUGCGUUGCAUUCUCGCCCGACUCUGGGAAACUCGCUAGCCGCAGCCAGGACGGGACAAUCAAGCUGUGGGACGUGAAGAAUCUGCGGCAACCGCUAGCGGUCGCAAACGGGAUCGACAACAAGUACUCGGAGACGGAGGUCGCGUGGUCACCCGACGGCCGCACUGUGCUGGCCGGAACGACCAUUGACCCGCGAGACCCCGAGGCGGUGGGCGAGAUUCUGUUUCUCUCAGCCGACGACCUGUCGAUCCAGCGUCGUGUGCCGAUUGCCAAGGCCAGCGUUGUGCGGGUGCAAUGGCAUUCGCGCAUCAACCAGCUCUUUGCGUCGUGCUCCAACGGCGAAGUAUACGUCCUCUACUCGCCCAACGCCAGUAUUCACGGGGCCCUCCUCCCGCUCGCCAAGAUGCCCCGGGCGAAACCGCGCGACGUGAGCUACACGACGGCAGACCUCACGCCGGUCGUGUUCGCGCCAGACGAGCACGGCCAGAUCUCGGCCGACCAGCGACACGGAAUGAGCCUACACCAGAUGGAGAAGCGGGCGAAGCGGUUCAAGCCCACCGAGCCUCUGUCAGGUGUCGGCAAGGGCGGGCGCAUUGGCGCGAGUGCCACCGCUGGCUUUGUGCAGGAGAUCUUUGCGGGUCGCGUCGGUCUCGAGGAUCCCCGCGAGGCCCUGCUCAAGUACGCCACCAAGGAGGAACAGGACCGUAUCAAGUAUCUCGCCAAGUCGCCACCGCCGGGGCGCGACGACUAG